AUGGCAAUGGCGUCGACCGAGCCCCUGGCCCUCCUGCUGCUCGUGGCUCUGUCCACGACGAUGGCCAUGCCCGCCGCCGGAGAAGGCUCCUGCAACGGCCACAAGGGCGCCGCCGUGGCCGAGUUCCACAUGGACCAUGAGGGCGGGGCGUACUACGAGGUGAGCACCAACCAGGCGAGCAUGUCCGUCCGCGUUUCGGUCACCCCGCACGGCAGCCCGCUGCAGGGGCACUGCCCCACCGCUGGGUGCGACACCGGCAACCACUGCUUUGAGCACUCCGUCCCCGGCGGCAACUGCCACGGCGUCACCGAGAUCAAGAUCGUCUACUACAACCCAUAG